GAGGAAUGUGCCAAAUGCCCCUCCUGCUGGAGCUUCCAGUAUGGGCUCUGGGCUACAAGAGGAGUCUGGGAGGAUGCAAAGCAAUUCCAAGUCCUCCUCACCCUUCCAGGGAACCAGGGAGGGCUUUCGCCUCCAGUCAGCUGCUGGGAGAUGAAGUGCAGAUGAGGAGCUCCCAGGAAGGGAGGAAGAAGAGGCGGGGUUGAAGGAAGGAUGGCUUCUUGGCGCCAGCCCACCUCAGCCUGCAGCUUGCUUGGCUCCCGCCCUGCAGUCCUGGCGCUCCCGUCUCCACCGACGACCCCCUGAGGCCACGAAGAAGAGGCCCUGACCCUUCCCCGUCUCAGAAGAGGGGGCCUUAUCCUGUGCUGAAUUUCUUCCUCAGUCGCUCAGGCUCCCCCCUGGCUUUCAACCGGCCACCAUGACCGUCAAGUUGCGCUCGGGCUUCUACGUGGGCAAAAAGUCCGCCACGCUGCUGGCGCUGCUCUUGGCCGCGCUGCUUUUGGCGCUGCUGGUGCUGGCUAUCCUGUACGGGCGCUGCGCGCAGGAUUUGGAAGGGAGAGGCGACGAGGCGGCGGCGGCGGCGGCGCCCCCAGACCAGGCUCCCGCCAGCGCCGACCCAUCUGCGCGGCCGCCCGGCGCCUGGGACGCCUGGCGCCUGCCGGGGGACUUGGAGCCGGUGCACUACUCGCUGCUGCUGUGGCCGCACCUGGCGCCCGGCCUGCCCGAGCCGCGCACGCACUCGGGGCAGCUGAACCUCACCGUGCGGUGUCUCCGCGACACGGACGCGGUGCUGCUGCACAGCGUGGGGCUCGCCUACCAGCGCGCCGCCGUCUGGGGGCCCCUGACGGGCGCCGCCGCCGCCGCCGCCGCCACCGCCAACGGCAGCAGCAGCAGCAGCAGCGUCGGCGUGGCCGAGCUGUGGGAAGCGCCGCGGAACGAGUACGCGGUGCUGGAGUUGCGCGCGAACCUGAGCGCGGGCGCCCUCUACGAGCUGCAGCUCGCCUUCCGGGGCAAGAUCCAGCACGAGCCGGAGUUCCACGGGCUCUUCGCGAGCACCUAUAAGGACGAAGGAGAGAGCAGGUAGGUAUGCGGUUCCGGGCUUGCUUCCCAGAACCCUCCAAGUGCCGAAUUUGCAGAAGCUGUCCAGGUUUCUGGUUUGAUCCCGGAACGUCCCGCUUUUCCUUAAAAGGUAAAGGGAGCCCUGACCAUUAGGUCCAGUCGUGGCCGACUCUGGGGUUGCGACGCUCAUCUUGCUUUAUUGGCCGAGGGAGCCGGCGUACAGCUUCCGGGUCAUGUGGCCAGCAUGACUAAGCCGCUUCUGGCGAACCAGAGCAGCGCACGGAAACGCCAUUUACCUUCCCGCCAGAGCGGUACCUAUUUAUCUACUUGCACUUUGACGUGCUUUCGAACUGCUAGGUUAGCAGGAGCAGGGACUGAGCAACAGGAACUCACCCCGUCACGGGGAUUCGAACCGCCGACCUUCUGAUCAGCAAGUCCUAGGCUCUGUGGUUUAACCCACAGCGCCACCCGCGUCCCCCGCUUUUCCUUAGGACGUCCCUAUUUCCAUCAGGGAAAUGUUGGAGGGUAUGGUAGGAUGUCUUUGCUUUCAUUGGAAGGUAUGCAAUUAUGUGGCCCCCGAACCAAGGAGAUAGGGAACUAUACAGCCUUUGGAAGACACCUGAAGGUAGCCCUGUAUAGGAAAGUUUUAAAAUGUUUAACAUUUUAUUAAGUUUUUAUAUACAGUGGUGCCUCGCAAGACGAAAUUAAUCCGUUCCGCGAGUCUCUUCGUCUUGCGGUUUUUUCGUCUUGCGAAGCACGGCUAUUAGCGGCUUAGCGGCUUUAAGAAAAAGGAAACAAACUCGCAGGAACUCGCAAGACGUUUCGUCUUGCGAAGCAAGCCCAUAGGGAAAUUCGUCUUGCGGAACGACUCAAAAAACGCAAAACCCUUUCGUCUAGCGAGUUUUUCGUCUUGCGAGGCAUUCGUCUUGCGGGGCACCACUGUAUGUUGGAAGCCACCCAGAGUGGCUGGGACAACCCAGUCAGAUAGGUGGCGUAUUAUUAUUAUUAUUAUGGAAUAGGACAUCCUUAUUUUCUUCAGAGAAAUGUUGGAGGGUAUGCCUUACCCCUCUGAUGGAACUAACAGGGGAGAGUUGCAUGGGAGGAAGCGUUGAACACUUUCCCUGAGCCUGAGGCCCACGGGUUUAGCACAGGCCUUCCGACUCAAUUUGGAACAAUGGUGGUGCCUGUUUAUAUUUGGUUAUUUGCCCCAAUGCCAUUCCUUCUGUCUUCCAAGGAGGAUGGGAUCUCCAAGUGGUCUUGCAUCCAGACACAGCGAUGAUUCUUGAUCCAAUGUGCGUGACAUGCCGACACCUUUUGCAGUAGAGCCUGGAUUUUUUUAAGCAGAGGUUGGAUAGCCAUCUUGUCAUGGAUGCUUGAGCUGAGAUUUCUGCAUUACAGGGGGUUGGACUAGAUGACCCUUGGUGUGCCUUCCAACUCUUAAAGUUCUGUGAUUCUAUUAGAGCAAAUGGGGCACUGCUCCAGCAACCUCAGUCUGGCUUCAGCCCCAGGCCCCACCAUCCUGCCUUCUUGCUUGCUGCCAGUGAGGGGGUUGUACUGCUUAUUGCUUUCCUCCUUUUGCUUCUCCUCAGUCUCCAAAUUGCUCUUAUUGGACUUGUUGCAGGGAAGAGGAGGGGACCAACAUGAGUUGGGUCUGCCUAUCAUUGGCUCUAACUGCCUAUCACUGGAUUCCUCCUACUUUUGAACCACCCUGCCUUCCACCAGCCCCACUGGACAACUGCAGUAUUGGAGACAGGGGGGAAUUAUUAUUAUUAUUAUUAUUAUUAUUAUUAUUUUAAAUUUGUAUACAGUGGUACCUCUGGUUACAAACGUAAUUUGUUCCGGAGUCCAUUCUUAACCUGAAACCGUUCUUAACCUGAGGUACUACUUUAGCUAAUGGUGCCUGCUGCGCCGCCACCUCUUGAUUUCUGUUCUCAUCCUGAGGUAAAGUUCUUAACCCGAGGUACUAUUUCUGGGUUAGCGGAGUCUGUUACCUGAAGUGUUUGUAACCCGAGGUGUUUGUAACCCGAGGUACCACUGUACUACCCUUCAUGGACAUGUUCAUAUCUGACACAAUUGUGCAAGCAAGUGUAGUGAUCUAGGAUGAGAGUUUGAAACUUGAAAAAGCACGUAACUUUAAACAACUUCCCAUAUGGUAACUUCAGAAUCCUGAUUGCAUUGCCAUGCAAUAUGCUGACACUUCAGUUCCCUGAAUUAACUUGAGUCCCUUUUCAGUGUUGUGUUGUGCUGUUGCCUGAAGGAUGUGAUUCUCCUGCAAUGAUGCUCUAACAGGCUGCCUGUUCUCCUCUUCCUCACAGCUGUUCUGUCCUUCAUAGCCCAGGCUUAGACUUUUUAAAGCAAACUCUGUACAAUGAUUUUUGGGAAGAAUGGUCUAGUCUUGUCAGGAAAGCAGAUUUAAUUCACACUUCUUGUAAGCGAGGGGUGGACUUUCGUGAUCUAUGGAAAUAUAAGCAAGGCCAAAAUUGGGCGCCCCAAAAUGGAUCUUCUUAAUUAUGGAUCUUCUAAAUCUUCCACCCGCUUGGCUUGGCAUCCUGCAUUGUCCUGCAGCAUAAAUAAUCAUUUCUACUUUGUCACUUACUCUUAAAGUCCAAGUGGGGUAUAAAUGUGCUUAUGUGGAAAUACUAAUAUAUAUUGUGAGUCAACGUGAGCUAUUUAACUUGAGAAGAGCAUUUUUCUCAGUUUGGGGUUCAGUAGAACCGGUUAAUUUCUCCCAACACACAGGAAAACAGAAACAAAAGGACUUCUGAGUCUGUCCCAAUGUAUAUAUUCCUUCUAGUAAAGCCGACUACUCCUUCCCUGACAAUGGCUAACCCAAUAGCUUUCACUUCUUAAGCUGUUGGGUGUGCUUGUAACUUACCGUAUUUUUCGCUCUAUAACACGCACCCGACCAUAACACGCACAUAGUUUUUAGAGGAGGAAAACAAGAAAAAAAAUAUUCUAAACGAAACAGUGGAUGUAUGAUUUUUGUGGUUCAUGCUGUGGCCACAGACAUAUGAUCUGACGGUGAGUUUGGGGUAGCCCAAUGCAAAAAUCCUGAGGAUCCAUGUGGAUCCGUGCUUUGUAACCACGUUUUUGCACCACUGCGGCCCCAGGCAACAGUGGGUGCGUGAUUUUUUUGGUGCAAGCUGUAGCCAUGGACAUGUUAUGUGAUCUGAUGGUGAAUUGGGGUGACCCAGUGCAAAAAUCCUGAGGAUCCAUGUGGAUCCGUGCUUUGUAACCAUGUUUUAAGUGGGGAGGGAAGGAAAAGCACUCAAGGGACAAGGAACACGCGUGUGGUGGGUGGAGAAGGAUGCUGUUAAUAAUGCAGAAGAGGGGUAUAAGAGGAGAAGGCUCCUCUCCUCUCCCGCUUUGCUCCUUUAAAGGCUCUGCUUCUCUCCCUCCUCCCCGGCUCGCUGAAAAACUUUGCUGAAAAACUUUGCUGCUAUUAAGCCAGCUGAGUGGGGAGGAGAGAGGGACUUGCUUUGAAACAGCAAAGCGGGAGAAGAGCCGCUGAGUGGGGAGGAGAGAGGGACAGAGAGCCUGCUUGCUUUAAAGGAGUAAAGCGGGAGAGGAGAGGAGCCGCUUACAUGAGUCCGGAGCUGUUUUUUUCAGUGAGCCGGGGAGCUCACUAAAUAGCAGCAAAGUUUUUCGCAAGCAGGCUCUCUGUCCCUCUCUCCUCCCCACUCAGUGGCUCUUCUCCCGCUUUGCUGUUUCAAAGCAAGCCACGGAGGAGGGAAGGAAGGGGAACCAUGGAUCCUCUGCUCACGACUGCAGCAGAUCCCCCCGCCAUCCAUAGGCAUUCGUUCCAUAACACGCACAGACAUUUCCCCUCACUUUCUAGGAGGAAAAAAGUGAGUGUUAUGGUGCAAAAAAUACGGUAUUUUAAAAACUGCACACAGCUCCAGGGAUCAGGUUGUAUAACUGCUCUUGCAUACCACUAAGGUUGGGGUUGCAUGUGGAAGUUUGUUUCCACACACAUGACCGGAUCGGGGCUAUCUUAUUUUAUUUAUUACAUUUAUAAAUAACUACCCAGGGCAGUUUAUACAUAACUGAUAAAACAACAAAAACUUCUAAAAACAAUACCAAUACAAAUCCAGACUGGGAUUUUAAAAAAACACCAAAUCUCCAUUUUUAAAAGUCUUGUUUAAAUAAGAAAUUAGAUAGCCAGAUAGACAGCAGAGAUGGUGCCUGUCUAGUAUUUAAUGUGGGGGGGGGUUCCAAAGAGUAGGGGCCCACACUAAAGGCCCAAUUCCUCCUUAUAAUAUGGUAUCCACAGGAGGAUUGAGGAUAUAUGAGCUGAGGCAAUCCUUUAUGCAUCCAGGUCCCAGGCCAGGGGCUCUGGGGGGGGGGGGGGGUAAAAAGUUUGAAGCAGCGGGCUGGGCCCCCUCAAUAUUUUGCUGCUGUAAUGGGCUGCAACAGGCCCCACUAUGCCUACCCCCAGCCACAGCAGGCCCCAUCAGGCCUUCCUGUGGGUGUGACGGGCCCCAUUGGGCCCUCCUGUGGGUGCGACAGGCCCUGUCAGGCCUACCUGCAGCCACACCGGGCCCUGUCAGGCCACCCCACCACCACGUAAUGUCAAAGUUGGGUGGAACCCAGUGCGUGUGUCCCAGUAAUAAUAAUAAAAUAAUUUAUUAUUUAUACCCCGCCCAUCUGGCUGGGUUUCCCCAGCCAUUCUGGGCGGCUUCCAACAGAACACUAAAAUACAAUAACCUAUUAAACAUUAAAAGCUUCCCUAAACAGGACUGCCUUCAGAUGUCUUCUAAAAGUUUGGUAGUUAUUUUUUUCUUUGACAUCUGGUGGGAGGGCGUUCCACAGGGCGGGUGCCACUACCGAGAAGGCUAUUUCCCUGUAACUUGGCUUCUCGCAGCGAGGGAACUGCCAAAGGGCCCUCGGCGCUGGACCUCAGUGUUCCAGGUUGUACAGAGCUUUGUAUACCAACCUCAGCCUGGGCCAGCCUCAAGGGCAGAUUGCAUUGAAGUAAUCCCACAGGUUACCCUCUCAUGAAAGACUGUUCAUCCUGGUGCAGAAACCACAAAGCUGGUAAAAGGGAUUCCCAGCCACUGAGGUCUCGUGGGCCUCUAAUGACCGAGAUGGAUUCAGGAGCAUCCCCCAGACUACGAGCUAUUGACUUUAAACUUAUUCGUAUUCUCAAUUUAGGUGGUUGGUCGCAUCGCACCUAGAACCGGCAGAUGCCAGGAGGGUUUACCCAUGCUUUGAUGAACCUGCAAUGAAAGCUACCUUUAACAUCAGUAUUGUUCACCACCCAAGCUAUAAAGUACUUUCCAACAUGCCGAUUAAGGGUAAGUAAGGGAAUGUGGGACUUUCUAAUUGUGUGGUGGGACCCGUUAGUAAUGGCAGUGGUACUAGGAUUAUUAAUAUUGUUGCUAUUAUAGUUGCUGCAGCCAGGAUUGGAAAAAUCCCAGGUGCCCAGAUCAUCUAGGUGCCUAAAAUUUUAGUGCUGGAACCUAGGAAUCUGAUGAAACCCCGGUUGGCCAUGGCAUUUUUUACACAGGAAACAAGAGUACAGCUUGACUAUUAGAUCUAGCGGUCACUAUAUAGAAGGCACCCUUAGACUUCCAUUCUGAACAGAGCAAAUUUGCCAUAAUAUUCAGUAUUAAUGCCUAUAAUAAUUGUUCUUUUAUAGAUGUAUCUGAGUAUAAAGAUGUGAAUGAGAGCACAUUGAGUACUUUGAGUAAUGGGACUGCACUGAUGAACUGGACUGUCACAACAUUUGAAACAACACCAAAAAUGUCCACAUAUGUCACUGCUUUUGCGGUCUGUAACUUUGAUUAUGUCACCACAGUGGAGAGGGGCAAUGAGGUGAAUAAGUCUGCUGAAUUUAUUAUAGACUUUAGCAGCAUAUACUUGCAUUUAUGAGUGAAUUAUGUGUUGCGCAAUAUGCACUGAUGUUUAAAUUAUAGUAUAAGAUUAAAUGGUUUUUUUAAAAAUAAAUUGCAUCCUGAAAACUAAUAUGCUACAUCUACUCCCGUCUCCCACUUUGUCAAUCUUAUUCAGAACAGGGUUACUCCAGAUCAGGUUUUGUUUAAGCACAGUACAACUAGAUUCUUUAGUGGAGAAACAUUAGUUUGUUAGAAGACUGCUUUCCACACGCCAGCCCACCUUUGGAAUAGGGUUCUCUUACUAGAACAUCAUUCACAACGUGUAGGCACUGCUGUCCCAGACUUGGUUUACCAGAUGAACCAGAUCUAGCUGGCGUGCUGGAUGCUCCUCUCCCUCAUUCCGUGCAGGCCAUCUUUGAGAGGUGAGUGGGACCACCCACCUGUCAAUCACCUAACAUUAAGAGGGCAGGUGACUGAUAGCUGUCAAAGUUCAAAUGAGGUUGCUGUAACUAUUAAAUCAGUGAUUACAGGGAACUCCUUGGAGAUAUGCUUUUAGCACCAGUCGGCUGACUGGUGCUGGGAGUGCUCCUUUAAAGAUUUAUUAAAUUGAUGUAAUCCCAUUUAAAAGGCUGUCAGUCUGGGCCAGGGGUCUGCAACCCGCGGCUUCGUAGCCGCAUGUGGCUCUUUUACACCUUUGCCACAGCUCCGGGGCGGAUACUAGCGAGGGGAGGAGGCGCAUUGUGCGCCCUGACACUCCCCACUGUGGCGGGCGCUGUACUGGCUGUGACGUCGCAUGGGGGUGGUGCGUGCGUUAGUCAUGCACCAUCCCGACGUCACCUUCCCGCCCGCCUGCUACAUUGUAAGGGGCACGUACGCUGGUCACUGCAUUGAAAGGGGGCAUGUACGCUGGUCACUGUUUUGAAGGGGAGUGAAGAACACACACACACAAAAAGGUAACUUGUUAAUUUAACAUUUAUUUCUAUGAGGAGGAGUAAUUCUGAGGGGUCAAACAAAGAAAUAAUUUUAAAAAGUGACAAAAAAGUUAUUUUUAUAAUGACGAGUUUUGCAGCUCCCAGUUUUUUUUUCUUCGGAAACGGGUCCAAGUGGCUCUUUUUGUCUUAAAGGUUGCAGACCCCUGGUCUGGGCCAUUAUAUCAUCGUAGAAUCAUAGUGUUGGAAGAGAUCUUGAGGGUCAUCUGGUUCAAACCUCUGCAACGCAGGAAUCUCAGCUAAAGCAGCCCACAGCCUCUCGUGGGACUCUGUCCCACUGUCUGUUUUACCCAAACUGCCCAUGCAGAUUUGUCUUGUCAUCUGCAAAAUGGGCAGAACAGUUUAGGAUCUACACCAGUGUUUCCAAAACUCGUGUCUCCAUUAUCCCUAGCUAGCAGGACCAGUAGUCAGGGAUGAUGGGAAUUGUAAGUCCAAAAACCACUGGAGACCCAAGUUUGGGAAACACUGAUCUACACUAUGGGGGAAAGAGUAAGAUGCUUGUGUUUCUGGGCUUUUCAUUUUCCAAGGUCUUUAUCAGUGCUUGUGUUGUCUAGCUAAGGACAACCUUGUCUGUAGCAGACUACUGAUUAUAUAAAGUUUCACUCAUGAAGUCUCAUAUCUCUAACCAUUAAGCAGCUAGUACUCCCAUUUACCCAAAUGUCUGAUAAUCCAAAAUAUUAACAGAAUGCACCAAUUCAGAAGGCUCCAUUCCAUUACCCCUUCUACAGAAUUUUGCCCUGCCCAUCAAGAGUCAGGCAGCAUUCUGUGGCUGCUUAGCACACUCGUACCUUCUCACUUAUUUAACUCAGUGCAGAUUUUUAAGUUGAUUGGUGACUGGCUGCAUGUAAUCCAGGUGAUAAAUGGUUCUUGCAAAUUGUAGUCACGACAAACAUUGUGUGGAGCAGGCACACAAUGCUUUUCAAGUGACUGCUUAUGUAGUCCUGGAUAACACAGAAAUGAAUUCAUUGGUGUGUCGAUUGUCAAAUGUUUAACUGACAUGGAGCGUGCACAAACCUAGCAACCGUUUCCCUUUUCCUUUCAUCCUGCAAACUCAUCCUUUUGUUUGGAAUAAUACAUGGCACAACUGCAUGCGGAUGUGGGAGCAAUUAAGCUUUUAAAGAACAAGACUUUCAGGGUGCAUGAUGUCAUGGAAGAAAAUGUGGUGGUCUGCAAAGGAUAAGGCAACCUGAACAGAGGUCUAAAAUGCAAUGAAGUUUUAAGGAAUUCUGCUAAAUAUCUGUUUUCUUUUUUCUGAAAGUCACUGUGCAAAUUCAUGGCCACUGAAGAAGGCUUAAUGAUAUGAAACAGAUUUUCAUCACUUGUCCAAAAUAACCAUUUCUGUGCAUAUUCAUAGAUACGCAUUUGGGCUCGGAAGGAUGCAAUUAAAAAUGGAUCUGCUGAUUAUGCUUUAAAUAUCACUGGACCAAUCUUUUCAUUUAUGGAAGACUUACUUAACAUCAGUUACCCUCUUUCAAAAACAGGUAUUCUUGCUUGCUUCUUUUUUAAAAAGAAACAACCUCUUAAAAUGUUUAAAACGGACAAAAUUGUUUUUGCUUGGAAUCAUGUGAUACGUCCCCGGAAAUGCUUUUUUUCUUCUGACUUUGAAUUAGAAAUCCAUACAGUGUUUGAGGAACAGCUGUUCUAAACAAAAGGCAUAACAUUUCUGUGACCCUGAAAUUAACUGGUUUAUUGUGGUCUGAGCUGUCCGAGACAGCCUACACCUUAGAAUACACUAUUUGUUUUAUUGUAUUUUUAAGACUUACACCCUGCUGUUCCAUCUAAAAUAUCCCUGAAGUGGCCAUCAACAGAUAAUAAUAAUAAUAAUAAUAAUAAUAAUAAUAAUAAUAAUUUAUUAUUUAUACCCCACCCACUCUGGGCAGCUUCCAUAGAAACCAAAAAUACACUAAAAUAUCACACGUUAAAAACUAAAUCUUCAGUUGAAAGCUUUGGUGGUGGGGCAGCUAAGAGAGAUGUGGUGAGGGUGUGAUAUUAAUGUCUCUCCCCAGCUCUCUGGUUGCCUCUGCUACUGCCCUUAGGAACCUGUGAGAAACCAAGAGUAGAGGGCCGGUGCCUUCAGGAAGCCCACAAACAGGGCUUGAAGGCAUCUGAUUGGCCACACUGCACAAAGGUGGACCUGAGACCUGAUUAAGCAGGUAUCUUUUUAUGUUCUUUUGUACGAAUACUUCCUUGUUUUUUUGUUAUUAAAAAACACAGAGCAUGGAAAAAACCUACAUGGGGGCGGGGUGGGGGGAAAGCUCCCAAUAGUAUUUACAGUCAUACCUUGGGUUACAGACGCUUCAGGUUGCAUUUUUUUGGGUUACGGACCAUCGAAAUCCAGAAGUACCGGAAUGGGUUACUUCUGGGUUUUGGCAGUUGCGCAUGCGCAGAAGUGCCAAAUCGCACUUUGCGCAUGCGCAGAAGCACUGAAUCGCAACCCGCAUCUGCGCAGAUGCACCGCUGCGGGUUGUGAACGCUGCGGGUUGCGAAUGUGCAUCCCGCACGGAUCACGUUCGCAACCCGAGCGUCCACUGUACUAGGUUUCUUUUCAUGCCAAUAUUUUUUUUAAAAUAAUAUUUAUUAAAAGUUUAAAGAUUACAAAAAAGGAAAGAAAAAAAAGAAAAAAUAAACAAUACAAAUCAAUACAUUGCUAUACAUAAAAAAAGAAAAAAGAAAAGACACAAUACAUCAAAACAAAAGCAAAAGCAAAAACAAUUAAAAACACAUCCAAUAUUUCCAUAUCUUUGUCUUUCAUUAACUUGUUUCAUCAACCUCCUCGCACCUCCCUUUUUUGUGUUCUAGUUAUUAAUUAUUUCAGCAAAUCCUUUCCAUCUUUCACUAUUUUCUGUCAUAUAAUUGUCAUAAUUUGUUUUAACCUUAUCUUACCAUUAAUACCCUAAAACUUAUUUGUACUUAACUCCUUAUAACAUUUCUACUAAAGCUGUGUAAUUUCAUUCCAACAUUUUUCUAACACUCAUUAAUUUUACAAUGUUUCUAUAAAUAAAUUUUAAACUUUUUCCCAAUCUUCUUCCACAGUCUCUUCUCCUUGGUCUCGGAUUUUGCCAGUCCUUUCUAUCAAUUCCAUAUGGUCCAUCAACCUGGUGAUCUUCUGUCCGAGGCUCUUAACUCUUUUCCAUGUCCCUUCUGCAGAUCUUCUUCAUAUUUAUACAUGCACUUUACUUUAUCUUCUGCUGAUCUUAUUCUUAAUUUCCUUCCUUUGGCACUGAGGAGUAGAUCUCGGGGAAGCUCCAACCUAACAAUGUCUUUAUUCCUUCUUGACAGAUCAGCCCAUUCUCCAUAGUCAAAACUAGAGUCCAAAAGAUAUUUCAGGACAUGUUUCAACUGGCUUUCUCUAAAUUCAAUCGUAGAAGGCAACAGCUUAUAUUCAUCAAAUUGUCUCUGUAAGACUGGGGCUCUUUCCACUUGUAUUACUUGAGGUUCUACAACAACUUUGUCCCUCGUCUUCUCCACAACUUGCCGUGUCGAAGUAGAUUCCUGAAUCGAUUCCUGAGUAGUUUCCGUAUAGAUAUUCACUUCUUGUCCCAAAUCAGUCAUUUUUUGUCCCAAAUUAUCAAUUUUAAUAGUCAUCACAUCGAUCUUCUCAUGAAGCUGUUCCAAUAAAGCACUUAUCUUGCAAAAUGCAAUCACUAAGGCUUCUUCUGUCGACAUUCUUGUCCAAGGUCAAUCUCUGAUUCUCACGGUCUUUUAUCUCUGCAGCUGGAAAAUUCCCCAGCUCCACUCCUGCAACAGUUUCAAAAGCUCCCUCUAGAGGAAACAAUUUCUAUUUGUAUCCGUCCUUUUAAACGCAGAUCUAGCAACAAAGUUAGUUUCAAUCUUUCAGUUACUUUUGCUCCUUUUUGAGUGCAAAAGGAAACAAUGGAAACAAUAUAUUUCUCUUAUUUAACUAUCUGUCAACGUAUGUUUUAUUCACAGUCAAUGAACUUUCCCAAAACUUCGAUCUUACGGGCAGCCCGUUCCCAGGUUCAAAACGGUGGUAAUUUGUCUUUCUUUACUCUCUCUCCUGCAGGCUUAGGCGAUCUAAAAUUCCCCCCCUCUUCUCCUGCUUCCAAGGGGGGGUUUAAUAAUUUUAACCGAUGGAAAUUUAAUCCUUUACAAAAGGCUCUCCAAGACUUUAGCUUGCAGCGUCUUUGCUCAAUCUAUUUACAAAAGAGGAAGGCGGACUUCCUGUUUGAAACCUUCCCGUUUCAGUGCCGAAUUAAGAUGUUUAAAGAUCCAAUUUUCCGUUUUACUCACGGGUAGUUGUUUAAAGUCCAAUUGUCUACAGGAAAAAGUCAGCGCUCUCCGGCAAUGGCAAUGCGGCUUCACUCCAUGAAAGAAGCAGUUGAUUCGAAGCACUGUGCCGCUCACCCCACGUCGCUCCGGAUCCCGAAACCGGGUUUCCCCGCGAGUAGGGGAGGUGCAAAAGGUGCCAGCCGAAUCCCACGUCCACAGGCUUCUCCCGCCUGUGGUUUUUAGUGGGUCUCCGCCUUCAUCGUGGCGGCCAGACCCUGAUUUCCACGGAGCGGAUUCCUCCCGAUCAGAGGAAUUCCUCCAUUGCCGGAGGCGCUAACCCGGAAUUCCCCUCUUUUCAUGCCAAUAUUGUCAGCGACUGAAAAUCUUGGGAAAUGGCAGAUUAAGCCAAGAGCACUCAUGUAAACAUAUGAAUUGUGAAAUUGUUAAAGCUUCUCCUUUUUCUCUUUAUUUAAACCAAUCUAGAUCUGCUUGUGCUACCUGAUAUGGGAGCUGGUGCUAUGGAACACUGGGGGCUAAUGACUUUCCAGGAAAUAUCCAUGUUGUAUCACCCAGAAGAUAAAUUCUCACUCCAGAAGUAUUGGAUUUGCAAAAUUAUUUCCCAUGAGAUAGCACACCAGGCAUGUGGUAAAAUCUUCUGCACUUUAAUCUAUCUUAAAAACAAAGGUGUUAUUUUCGAAGUAGCUGUAGCUGCAAUAGUGGCAAUUUAAUGUGAAAAUAAAUCCUGAGAACUGCCAAGUGUCUGGAAUCGGUCAUCAGGAGUACAGUUCCUGGGCAAGUGGAAGGCUCAAACAGCAUAUCACUGACUGAAUACAUUUUUAGAGUUUUAUAGAUAAUUCCAUAGAACUAACAAAUAAUAAAAGUGAACCCUGGCAUGACCUUUAAAAAGCCCAUAAUCUAUUUGGGUGUCUGUGUUGAGAUUAACAUAAACAAUGUGGAGAGUUUUUUCAACAGACUGUUCACUGAAAAAAAGGUCACUGGUAUAUUGAGUACAUUUACCGGUACUCACUUUUGCUUUCUCUCAGAGCCCUUAGAUCAUGUAUGGGGGACCUUUGGGCCUUUGGAUGUGGCUUAAAUAUGGCUCCCAUGUAACCUGGCCAUUGGCCAUGCCUGCUGGUGCUGAUGCAAGCAGUAGUUCAGCAGCAUCUGAAGGGCCAAAGCUUCCCACGUAUGACUUAGGUAAAUGUUGCAGAAAUGCAAGCAAUUACUUGCACUUCUGCCAGCACACCAGAAUUGUCCUUUUGACCUAUGAGGCUUCCUGUGGCAUUAUGCUGUUUAACAAGAUGCCGUUUAAGAGACCACAGCUAAAAGUAAGCCCCCCUAAAUAGCAUUUUUGGGCCGCAAAAGAGAAGGGGUACAGUGCUAAUGGCCCCUGCUCUAAUUAGCAACACAGCUAUAAUCUAGUCCCAGUAGAAGUGUAGGAGGAUAAGUGAAGCACACAAGAACCACCUUUCUGGUUCAGUUUAUAGUGCAUUUGUCCCAGCAUUUUGCUUCCAAUAGUGGACAGGAAGGAAUAUACAGGAGCUCAUAAGCAAGACAGGAAAGUGGUGACCUUCUCAUAUUGUUUGUCCCUAUUACCUGAUACUCAAGAGAUUUUUUUUUUUUGCCUGCAAAAUAUGCCUGCAAAUAUGGAGGUUUAACUGUCAUGGCUAGUCUCCAUGAAGUUCCCAGCCAUGUUAAAAAAUAAUUCAUACAUUUAGUGAUUUCCAUAAGUUCAUUGUGCAUUGUCCCUUUGAGCUUGCAGUCGGGCAGCUUGUAAUAGAUCCCAUUCCUUGAAAGCUGAAUGUAGUAUGCAGCUAUGGGUAUGCAGUGCUUUUUUGUGAUGGUACUCACUGAUAUGGAGUACCGGUACCUCAUUUGUUUAAAGGGGGAGGGGGAAGGAAGUAACAAGGGGAAGCACAGAAGUGGGAGCAAGAAAGGAACAGCAGGGAACAUUGUCACAUUUGUUUAGCACCAGACUAUUUUUUUGCUAAAAGCCUAAAAAGGAGUACUUAAUGAAAGCAUGUAAAAUAAGAUACUGGAUCAAAACUUGAUUGAUUAGCAUUUGCUCUACAAAUCCGCAAACAUAUAUCAGAUUAUUAUAAACUUUAAUACCAAACAAACCUUUUGACACUCCAGUAUAUGCUUCUGCUUAUGUUGUUAAGCAAAUCUAUUUUUUCCUGUUGUGUUUCCCAUUGACUUGUUUUUCUUUUCCUUAUGAGUUAAGUGAUAACAGUUUUAUGUAAAGUGGUGUCUGAAAAAAGUGUUUGUAAACUGGGGGAACGCCAUGCUUUACACGCUUUAUCCUGACAAGAUUAACAGGGUGGUAAAGCAUAAACAUACCUCUUUUAAAUUAAAGUAGAAAAAGGAUCAAGGCAGUGGGUGGGAAGGGUAAAGACCUGACCCCAAAUUGCUGCUUUUUUACAUUUCAAGAGAAGUCUCCAUUUCCAUUUCAAUAGAAGCCUCCAUUAGUGCUUAUAGGAACUCAUCUGGAAAUGCAUAUAGCAGUUGGCAGGGGGAAAGUUAUGUAAUUUUCUCAGUAGCAGGUCAGGCAAGGUGGCAUUGCUCAUCUGCCUUCCCAGUACUGAGCAUCACUGCUGCUUCCUGAGAGGGGAGAUCCAGGGAGCUCAGGGUGAUGCUGGAGAUGCAGCAGAGCCAAUCUGGUGCUUCCUGCUGCCGUGCCUGCACCGCAUUCAGCUCCCCUGCACCUCUCAGGAACCAAUAAUAACACUCAGUGCUGGGAAGGCAGGUGAGUAGUGCAGCCUUGUCUUCCAGACCGUUAUGGCUUCCUCCUCAUUCCACGUGGUUCUGCUGUUUAAAGACAUACAAAUUCAUUGCAUUCGCACACUUGAAUGCAUCACACUUAGAGAGAAUUCUAUUUGGUUAUGUUAUCAAACCCCAGAAUGGAUUUUUAGUACUUUAACUGCUGAUUUCUAUCUUUGUAGCUUUUCUAAAAUGGCAUCGUCCCAGUGCUUUUUUUCCUGGGGGUACGCAUACCCCUAAACAUUUUGUGAAUCUAACUUUGGCCUCAUUGAGGGGCAGUAUUUCAAUAUGAGUAGGAAAAUGAGAGUACCCCUAAACAUUUUUUUUAGAAAAAAGCACUGCAUCUUCCUAAAUUCAUACAAACCUGUAAACAUUAUAGCAUUCCUUUUUGAUAACGUAUGCCAAUGUGAGACUAUUAACUACAAUGGUACCUUGGGUUACAAACACCUCAGGUUACAGACUCCGCUAACCUGGAAGUAGUACCUUGGGUUAAGAACUUUACCUUGGGAUGAGAACAGAAAUUGUGCGCCGGUGGCCUGGUGGCAGCCGGAGACCCUAUUGCUAAAGUGGUACCUCAGGUCAAGAACAGUUUCAGGUUAAGAACGGACCUCCGGAACGAAUUAAGUUCAUAACCAGAGGUACCACUGUACACUCUUAUGCCUGAUUAUUAGAAGAGCAGUUUGAAAACAAUGCAUUGAAAGACUCUCCUCUUCCUUCUAUUUGAAGUGGUUUGGAAACCUAGUUACCAUGAAUUGGUGGAACGACAUAUGGCUUAACGAAGGAUUUGCAUCUUACUUGGAGCAUCUCGGUACAUAUUACAUAAUGCCCACAAUGCCUCUGGUAGGUGUGAACUAUAUCAUCGUUUAUAUAAAGUUUAUCCAAACUGUGGGAUUGUUUUCAGUCCCUUGAAAUUAAUGGGAUCUGUGCAAUGGUUCUUUCAGGUCUUAGAGGGCCCCAGUUUAGAUCCAGUCUCAGCAUUCUCUUUUCUGCUGCCUCCACCUACUUUCCUGCUUACAUAUGAGCCCCUAUCCACACACUGAACUAGUACAGUCCACGCACAGAUUUGCCACUUCAUCUCACCUUUUUGAGAACUCAUCCAUUAGCUGUCCUAGCAGCCUUACAGUUCUCCAUCAAGGUCAGUAAAGGUAAAGGUAAAGGGACCCCUGACUGUUAGGUCCAGUCACGGACGACUCUGGGGUUGCAGCGUUCAUCUUGCUUUACUGGCCGAGGGAGCCGGCAUUUGUCCACAGACAGCUUCCAGGUCAUGUGGCCAACAUGACUAAGCCGCUUCUGGCGAACCAGAGCAGCGCACGGAAACACCAUUUGCCUUCCCGCUGUAGCGGUACCUAUUUACUUGCACUUUGAGGUGCUUUCAAACUGCUAGGUUGGCAGGAGCAGGGACUGAACAAUGGGAGCUCACCCCAUCGCGGGGAUUCGAACCGCUGACCUUCUGAUCAGCAAGCCCUAGGCUCUGUGGUUUACACCACAUGGACACCCGCGUCCCAAUCAAGGUCAGUAGGUGGCUCCAAAUCCCUUAGCAGAAUCCACUUUUUGAGUCCACGGCUCCCUUGACCAAUUGCAGCACCCCUGUGGUUAUGUCACCCCUUGUCUGCAGAGCUGGCAGCCUUUCACCCUUUUUCAAACACCCUCCCUUGUGGAGCGUCCCCUCAUCUUCCUCCCCUCUCAUUGGAAGUCCUCUGGGCAGCCACUGUUGCCGCUCCUGGUCUCUGAGCUGCCCCCCCUGCCCCAAAGAGAAGUGCCUCCUCACACUGCUCCACAGGGGCCUGGAAAGAGGAUGCCCCCAGCCUUAGUGGCCCAACGGAGACUGGCUGAAGGUGAAUGUGAGGUCAGCAGUGUGGUGUAGUGGUUAAGAGUGGUAGUCUCGUAAUCUGGGGAACCGGGUUCGCGUCUCCGCUCCUCCACAUGCAGCUGCUGGGUGACCUUGGGCCAGUCACACUUCUCUGAAGUCUCUCAGCCCCACUCACCUCACAGAGUGUUUGUUGUGGGGGAGGAAGGGAAAGGAGAAUGUUAGCCGCUUUGAGACUCCUGAAGGGGAGUGAAAGGCGGGAUAUCAAAUCCAAACUCUUCUUCUUCUUACCUUGAGAGGCAGCGGCAGGUGUGGCCAGUCCUGCCAGGCAGAAAGGCUCCCCUUCAGCACCAGGCACUAAGCUCCCAGGCAGGCCUUGCCCACAACAAGCACAAGAAAGGCCAGCGCAGUGCCUGCCUGCCUGCCCAGCUUCCCACUUGUCUAUCCAUUCGCAACAGUAAGGGCUGACGGACUGGCUGGCUGGGCUCCCUUGCCUGCUUACUUGCUUACUCCAAGGCCACCUCAGCUCCUGGCAACUAGCACCCCCUGGCCAGAGGCACCAUUCACUUGGGAAGCACAUUGUAGCCAGGGCUGCUGCAACAAACAGCUGUGCAAGCCUCUGGUAGGCAGAGAUGCGAGAAGGCAUUAGAGGAGGGAGGGAAGGAAAGAGGGACAGAGGUCAGUGUUGCCUGUGGCACCACUGAUCAUCAUUCAAGGCAUCCUAGGGUGCCACGGCACACUGGUUGAAAAACAGCUGCCCUAGCUAAUAAUCAUGCCUUGUAUACUAGGUCAAAGCUGUCUUCUACUGCUCUUUUGCGCUAUGGUAAUACUAUAAACCAUAGGUAUUCUUUUUGUUGAAAUUUUGUGCUAUGUAUUACUGAACUGAUUCACACUAAUUAUCUGUUGCUGUUUAGUCGUUUAGUUGUGUCCGACUCUUUGUGACCCCAUGGACCAGAGCACGCCAGGCUCUGUAAUGCAAUGCUACAUUAUCUGUAGCAGAUGGUAAUUAAAAUUAGGACAUGAUACUGGUUUCCUGACAAUUACAUUUCACAUGCUGGCAUUCCACAAAUUGACUUUCUGCGAUAAGAAUUUCAGCCAAAUACAGAUUUUCUUGAAAGGGGUUAUGAAUGCAAUGACUUGAACGAAGGUUUUUAAAUAGGAAGCCUAUUAAAUGUUUUAUGAAUUAAGUAUAAUUCUCAAAAUAACUUAAAAUGUGGUCUUUUAUUUUUAGGUAAACAUUGCUAUUUUAUGGUUAUUUUCAGGACAACAUCUUUAGUUACAAAGUGGUUCAACCUGUCUUGCGCAUGGAUAAUGAACUACAAAAUCAGUCUUUAUCAGACACAGGUGAUAGACAAGAAUCGGGUGCAUUACUUAAACUGUUUGGUUUAAUAACAUACAAGAAGGUAAAAACAAAAUUUGUAAGCAGUAUAUUAAAGGAUUUUAUCGGUCACAUGAUUUGAAAAGUUAAUAUGAAAUUGUCACUUUUUCAUAACAUGAGAAAGGGAAUUCUCUGCCUCCAUUGAAUUGAAUGGUAAAGCCUUUAUGACAGUUUUCCCCAAGCUGGUGCCUUCUAUGUGUUUUGAACCACCACUCCUGUUGCCCCCAAACUGUUUAGCCAAUGAUCUGGAAUGAUAGGAGGGUACCAGGUUUGAGAAGGCUUCCUGCUGCAUUCGAAGUGGAGUCUGUAUAUCAAAUAGCAGUGUACAGUGGGGGGGGGGGGGACAGACGAGUGGCUCCUAUGCACAGUUAUGUUGGGGCAAGCCCCACUGAGAACAAUGGCAUUUACUUCAAAGGAAGUAUGUAUAGGAUCACACUGUAAGUUAGGUCCAUUCCUUUCAAUCGGUCUGUUCUGAAUAAAGCUUUGUUGAAUACCACCCCAUGUUCCCUUCACCUGUGAGGAGACACAAUAUGUGCCCACAUAUCUAGAACUGGAGAGGGUUUUUAAGGAAGAGAAUGACUGCCCAACAGGUUUGAUGUGGUCAGCAAACUUCAUCAUUGAAUGCCACAAGUGCCUUUUUAUUCUCCAGUCUGUUACUUCUGAUUUGUGAAUUCGGAUCAAUGUGGCUGUUAGGCUGUGUGAGAUAUUUUUACUCUUCUUUGUAUCAUUUGUGAAAAUUACCUUAGUAAUUAUAUAUGCCCAUCCUAAAUAAAGCAUUCUGUGGCAAAAUAGCCACCCACAAGAUUCCAUAUAAAGCCAUAUAACAGUGUGAGAUAUACAAAAUCUCAUCACUUGGAGAUGCAGGGAAUCAUUUUGAAGAAACUGUGUAAUAUAAAAAGACUUUAUAUGGUUUUGCUGCAACAUUCACACAGCUACCCAUCUGAAAACGCCCCCACAACAAUCAAUAUAUUUAAUAAAACUACUGAUUUGAAUGUAAUGUUGGUAGAUUAAUGUCUUGAGUUUCAUGACUUGCAAAGUCUCAUCAUUCUAAAUACAUAAAGAUAAAUCAUCUAUAUCUAUAUCUAUUUUUCUCUCUCUUAGGGGGCUGCCAUCAUCCGGAUGCUGUCCAACUUUGUGACUGAAAGGCUUUUAAUGAAAGCACUUAAUGUGAGUUUCAAAAACAACUUUACCAACAGUUGGAUUCUCGACGACUAUUCAAAAUGUGUUGUCACUGUGAAUUGACUAAUUAUACUUGUUUAAUUACAGUCGUACCUGAAUGCAUUUUCCUUUUCAAAUGCCAACCAGGAUGAUCUGUGGAAUCACAUUCAAAAGGUGAUUAAAACCAUUAGUGUUUUCGCUGCUGCUCUUGGAAUAUCCAAUGUGGGGGCAUUCUUGGUCCUGUCCUGAAAGGCCUUCGAAGCAGGGCUGUGCAUGGCCUCUCAAUAAGAACUGAGACCCAAUCUGGCACUUUGUGUUGGCCCCAGGUCAAUGUGGGGCCUAACUGACCCGUAUCCAUAUGCCAAAUCAAUUUAGGGGCUAGCUCUAAUGCUUAAUUAGGGUUUUUCAUCCUAGUUUAAACAUGUGGUCAGGAGAGGGCUGGGAGAUGAAUGACCUGUUUGACUCUGCCUGAUGUGAUGUUCAGGGUUCAGCUAAAACCAGUGCACAACACUAGUUUGAACCAACAGUGCUGAACUUACUGUUCAGAUGCUCUGCUAGUUUGGGCUCAGUGAUGAGCAGCACCAAAUACGUUCUGCAUCAAGCCUCUUUGACAUGUUUCCAAGUCAGGUCUUUCCCUGAGCAGCAGCUCAUUUUUUUGAUCUGAUAGUUCAGGUGUGGGGAACCUUUGGCCCUCCAGAUGUUGAACUACAACUUUCAUCAGCCCCAGUAGGCACGUCAGGGAUGCUGCAGUUCAGCAACAUCUGGAGAGCCAAACGUUCCCACAUCUAUGAUAGCUUAUGUCUGGUACGCGAUAUUACCUUGCAGGCAGCGGUUAAUAGCCCAUUUGACACACACAAAAGUCUAUAUGAGUCUCAGUACAUUUAUAUGUCUGUAGUUGUCUACAGUCCUUUCCACCACCAUCUGUGGGCAGUCAUGUGCCUGCAGUCAGCAAAGCAUGGGUGUGUCAGAAAGCAGUGUGUGAAGUGCAGACUAAUCCCACAUGAAAAGUUUCUAUUUACCGUAUUUUUCGCUCCAUAAGACGCACCCAACCAUAAGACGCACCUAGUUUUUAGAGGAGGAAAGGGGGAAAGCCCCGUUUUUUGGGGGGAUCAGCUCACAGUUGUGCAGCUUCUUUUGCAAAGGGGAAAAGCCCCCUUUUUUGAGGAUCAGCUCAAAGUUGUUGAGCUUACUUUGCAAAGGGGAAAAAUCCUGUUUUUAUGGGGUUCAACUCACAGUUCUGCAGCUUCUUUAAGAAAGGAAAGGGAGCCAUUUCUACAGUUUCCAGACAGAUAAUCUAUUCAGCCAGUCACAUGUCACUGGGUAAACAAACAGCCUUCAUCUGCAGAACAUUCAACAAUGGAGGCCUGGGCAAGGGGGCAGGGCCAGAAAGGGAGCCAGCGAUCACCCACACAUUCACUCCAUAAGAUGCACAGACAUUUCCCUUUACUUUUUAGGAGGAAAAAAGUACGUUUUAUGGAGUGAAAAAUACGGUAAUAAAGACUUGGGGAAUAAAGUAGGUGGAGGAAAAGCCCCCACCCCACUUCAAGAACUGCUUAGAUCAGGCAUCCUAUACAUAAUUGACAGUUUCAUCACCCAGGCCCAAUCACAAAUUAGUAUGGUAAUUGGCUUCACUAGGACAAGUUGCUCUGGCAAAUUUGGAGCUCAACAGGGGCCUUUCAUCCCUCUUGGACCAGGCUAUACCUCCCAGGCUCCUGUCCCUUCCUGAAGAGUAGAGAGCCUUAAAUUGGUAGUCCUUUGGCCUGAAGUCUGAUACUCUGAGGGCUUUGUGUGUUACCUGUAUUUGCAAGGAGAUACCAGUGACCUAAUAGCCUAUGAUGUGAAGAGACCAGUCACUCAGUCUUGCUUGGGUGGUACUGUCUCUGGACGUCUGUUUGAGGGAUUCUGUUUCUUGAGGCUCCUGGCUGAAAGGGUUCAGCUCCACUCUAGAGUCAGGGCCUGGGUCAGGGAUCAGCAAUCCCACAUCUUGCACUGCUCAGCCCCCUGAUCCAACGGGAUCUUCUUCUCCGAGUUGGACAACUCGUUGCUGCUUGAGGUGGGUAAUGGCAACCUUGCUUAUGAAAACUGAUCUGUAAAGUUCGCCCCCCGCUCCAUAUGAGCUAUUAAAUGUUUAAGAAUGCUGGAUUUUACUUGUGUAUGAACCAGCAAAUAGUACCUGGAAAACCUGCUGUUAGUACAAGUAGAAACAUUUAUGUGAAAUUAAAUAAACCAAACUGUUUUCUAAUCCAGACUUUUCUUGAAGGUAGUAGAUGAACAGAAUGACCUCCAGUUGCCGGCGCCAGUAAAAGUUAUAAUGGACUCCUGGACCUGCCAACAUGGCUUGCCACUCCUAACAGUAAAUCUGACCACUGGGAACAUCAGUCAGGAACAGUUUUAUUCUAAAAAAGGAACAAACAAGACCAAGUAUGCUUAAUUUAGUGCAAUUGUUUUAAUUUUGAUUUCAUAAAGUACUUUGGUGUAUAUUUGAAUAGUAGGUAACUCUUUUUUUCUGAUAAUCUUCUAUUUUUGCCUGAACUAUAAUUAGCCACAGCUUCUGACUCUGCAAAUUAUGUUUUGCACUUUCCUUCCAAAGUAGACAUUGAAAUCCACCUUGGAUGUCAACAUGAAUUAUGGGGUUGUGCCAAAAAGGAGAUGUGAAACUGCACGCAAGAGGGGAGGAGGGAAAUGCAACCCUAGGGCUAAUUUCUGAUCCUUCACACUGUGGUUUGGAUGAUCAUCUGAAAUGGGCCGUUGUAUUGUUUUUGUUCUCUAUUAAGAGCUAUUAGUAGUAUGCUGUAAACCGCUUUGAGAUUUUUCUUAAAAAUAUAAAGCGGUAUAGAAACUAAAUAAAUAGUUGCAUUUUGUCAAAGCACUGUUGAUUCUCUUCACAUUAAACUGAAAGGCGUUUACUGGUGUCAAAUAUAUGAUAUGUGUGCUGCCCCAAGUGUCGUGCACACACAAGGUUUCCAUAACUCCUAUGAUCUCAGAUUUUGUGUCAGGAUCACCUGGCAUUUAAUGCAAGAUGGAUCUUUUGGCUGAUGUGGGAAAAAUGGUGUGCAUAAAUGCGGCACACCUGGAACCUUGGGACUGUAAUUUCUGUGUUCAGUUUUCUGGGCUUCCAGGACCAACCAUAUUCAUGUGAAGGCAAUUUAUUUUAACUGUUUUUAUACCAAAUUUUAAAUUGUAACCUGUCCAGGGAUCUGCUGGUGGAGGGUGAAUAAUAAAUUUGAUGAAAAUUAUGAUGAUUAAAGUCAGAUGUGCUUAACAGUGCUUGCUUCUAUAUGGAUUGUUCCCACUACAUGAAAGCACAUGGCACAGAAAUCCAUGAGACUUGCUUGCAAGUAAAUCCAAGGGCAAGUCCCGGUUCGGAGUGGACCCGUGUGCACAACUGUGGCUUCCCAGUUAUUAGUUAUGGAAAGUGAAGGUUUCUCAUGCAUAUACAAAGCUUGACUUUCCAAAUCUCAUUGUGCUGGUGCUGGGGGCUAACCGAGAGGCGAGGUCCAAGUCCAGUCCGAGGUCGAUGGUGCGGUAUGGAGGCGGUCCGUCAGAGCUGUAGCUGGGUCCAAGGCGGGGAGUCGGAUGGGGUCAGGAACUCUGGCAGAAGAGCAGGACAGGGUGCAGGCAGGAACAGGCUAGCAACAACGUUGCUCCCGCAACCUGGGACUGGGGCUGACUGGCUUUUAUCUGCCCUGAGGCAUAGGGCAGCCCCGGUCCACAAGUGACUCGCCUCUCCUGGCCUGGAGGCGAGCACUCCUCCUGCAGGAACUUAGUUCCCUCCGCCUCUUCCCUGAGCCUCUGCAGCUCAGGAGAGGCUGGAGGGUUACUGGACCCAGAUGUAACCUCCUCUUUCCCUGACGGGGCUGAGAGUGGAGCACCUGCAGGCAAUGGGUCCUCCAUCACCUCAGGGGCCAGAGCAGACUCAGCUGGUGCCUGCACCUGAGGAUCCAGCACAGGUGAGGACCCUUCAGGCUCAGGCCCCAGCCCCGGCUCAGCUGGUUCUGGAGGCGGGGACUCCUGUGCAGGCUGGGAUUCCUCAGGUUCAGCCUCUGAGUCUGAAUCCCAGGCCAUCACACUCAUGGAAGUUGGAAUUGGGGUCUGAGAAAGUUAGUGUAGCUUGAAUCAAAACACACACCAAAACUCAAGUUCCAGAGUAAGCUCCUCUUGCUCAUGCCCAAUAUGAUUAAAGUGAGUAUUCUUUAGGUGCUGAUGCAAUUUGAAAUGCACAUUUAAAACGAUAAAGAAGUUAAAAGGAAAGGCUGAGAGAACUAGAUUUUUUUCUAGAAAACGUUUCCUAAAUGUAAGUUAUUUGAUUGCAUUUGAACCAUUUAUUUACUUAGGUUCAAUAAAUAAUCACGUGUUUUUGUCCUUAAUGAAGCAACAUGUGGACGAUUCCCAUUUCUUGGUUAAGAAACGGAACUGUACAACCUUUGGCAUGGCUUGAUAAGAGCAGCAGUAAGUAAUUUUUUCUCUCUCUGAAUUUAAGAAAGCCUCUACAGUAUUUGCAAAACACAAUCUUGAAAACAGGCUAAAAGCAUAUUAAGAGCAAUUCAAAUAGCAGGGAGAAGGGGAACAAAAUGCCAAAUCUAGAGCUCUGCUGGGUUUGUGGCAGUAGGAAAAGAGGAGAAUGUUUUCCCCUCCCCUCCCUUGCCAGUCUGGUUCAGGGGCUGGCAUAUUUUCUCACCCCUAAUGCAGGUGGAAUAGGAACACUUUAGAUCCAUCACAUUCAAGCACUCCCCAGCACAUUCCCAUUUUGCUUCUGCUGACAUUGGAGCCUCAACAUGGUUAGGAAAAGAAAGAGACACAAGUUUCUGCAGCAGCUGGGGGGGCUUUGUGAUGUAGUGAGGAAGCACUGGUUUUAAUAAUCAUACUCCCAUCUCUUUUGGGAUAUACUAGCUAUAUUUCAGGAACUUGCUGUCUGGUGCAUCAGUUUAAGAUCCAGGCAUAGUCCUGCAGUGUACUGUACUUCAUCUUGUAUUGAUGUUUGGUGGGGAUCGUUAACAACAACACAUUAUUUAUAUGCCGCCCAGCUGACUCGGUUGCCCCAGCCAUUCUGGGCGGCUUCCAACAAAUUAAAACACAGUAAGGCAUCAAGCAUUAAAAACUUCCCUAUACAGGGCAGCCUUCAGAUGUCUUCUAAAAGUCCAAUAGUUGUUUAUUUCAUUGACAUCUGGUGGGAGGAUGUUCCACAGGGCGGGAGACACUACCAAGAAGGUCCUUUGCCUGGUUCCCAAGUUUUUGGAUUUGUUUGUUUUUUGCUUUUUUGUGCAUUGUAGGAAGCACAUUUGUGUAUUUUCAUAUGUUUUAUCUUACCUUAGAAAUGAGCCCACAGUCUUCACAUGCCUACAAAGACCACUAAAUUCAUGCCAACUUUGUUUCCUUCAUGCCACUUGCAGAAAUAUUUCCAGAAAUGAAGAUAUCAGAUUCAGAACAUGAUUGGAUUAUUUUAAAUGUGAAUUGGACUGGCUACUAUAGAGUGAAUUAUGACCAGAAGUCUUGGAGAAGACUGGCCAAAGUGCUUGAAAGAAACCCAAAGGUAAGGUAAUGAUUAUUAUAUAGUCAUGUGACCUUUUAUGUCAAGACAACUUCCUUUUUGGUGUGGGGAGUUCAGCUUCUUUUUAUAUGUGGAGAAUCACUUUUUUCUUUUACCACUGGUGAUUCACCUUCUAAAUGCUGCCACCAAAUAUUUGUACUAAAUAUAUAUAUAUUUUACCAAUGCCUUUAAUUAUAUUCCAGUAGCUGUGUUAAUUUAGACAUGAUAUAAAAAUAGGUCUGGCUGGUUUUGUAAUUAAAUAAAAGUAACAAUAUAUUCUUUAUUUAAUAUCAACUAUACAUAUAUGAUGUACCUUCCCUACAUUAAUUGUGUAUGUAUGCUAACUGAAGUUUGCUUAUCCAGCUAGGGAUUGGCUGAUUGUCUUGCCUGUUAAUAUUAGGCAGACACCUUUGCUGUACUGUUUUUGCUACCCCCAUUUUUUUUUUGUUUAGUCAAGUCUACCCAAACUCUUAAUUUUAUUUAGUAUAUCUGUUAUAAAACUUCAGAUUUUAAAAAAUAUUUUGAUAUAUUUUAUGCCUACUUUAAGAUUUUAUUUUAAUCGUAUUUUGUUAUGAAAAUUUUACAUUUUUUAAAUGUAAUUGCUUUGCUUGAGUGCUAUGUAAACUUUGUUAAGUAAAUGAAAUCAAUGUCCCAGUUCCAAAUGUGCAAUAUCUCACAUUACAUUCAUCUUGGAAUAAUUGAGAACCAUUUCAAUUAAAAAUAUGCAUGAGCUUGACUUCAGAUGCUGCAGAUUUUUUUGAAUAUCUUGAAAUGCAGUAGACGUAUUUAAUGAAUUGUUUGGACCUUUUGAACACGUUGAUUUAAUGGAUGCUCUUUUCAGGCCAUUCCUUCUGUAAGCAGAUUUCAACUGUUCGGAGAUGCCUUUGAGCUGCGAUGGUAAGCAUACCUCCCAAAGACAGGUUUUUGCUAUAUUUGUAAAUGAGCUCCAUACUUUUCCCACUUCUGUCUGUUUCUUCACACACACACACACACACACACACACACACACACACCUUCUUCUGCACCACCUUUUGCUUUGAGAGUGCAGGGUGCUUAGCACAAAAGAGUUAAGGGGAACGUGGACAUGGAUAAUGUUGUCCUAUGUUAGGCUGCUGCAGUUUCCCCAGUUCCUUAGAAUAGCCUCACCAGCUAUGAUGAUCACAGCUGCAAAUUCAGUGAAAGAGCUCCCUCCCCAUUCCUUUCCCCUUGGCUUACUCCAGUGAUGGCCAAACUUGUCCCUCCAGCUGUUUUAGGACUACAAUUCCCACCAUCCCUGACCAAAGGUCCUGUUUGCUAGGGAUGAUGGGAGUUGUAGUCCCAAAAAAGCUGGAGGGCCAAGUUUGGCCAUCACUGGCUUACUCCCUCAACCAGUGUAAAUGCACAAACAGAUUAGCUGCUGGAAAAGGAGUGGGAAACCUUUUGGUUCCAUGAGUCCUGGGAUUCGGUCGACAGGCCCUGAUACAGGAGCAGGGUCUCUUUCUGGUGUGCCUUGACUUCAGCCACUUGGGAAAGGGGAGCAGGGAUGCUGGCUUCUCCCCACCUUAACCUCCCAGCAGAACAGAGUUUCAGUGGAGACUGGGGAGGGCUAUGGAUCACCAAGGGGGAACAGCAGCGUAGCAACCCCCCACUGGCACCUGGGGUGGACCAGUGCAGUAUUGUAGCCUGAAGCUAGGCAGACCCGCCCAUUCCAGAGGAGUGCUUGUUUGAAAUCCCGUCAUUGUCACAAAGCCAAAUUUUGCAACUGAGCGUGCCAUGCCUUGUCUUUAAAAACUUGACAGGCACUGCAUGGAGACUGUUGGUACAUCUUGGUUGCUUCUGUGCAGUCCUGAACAUCUUGUGUCCACUGCCAAGCCUGUACCAUUAUGUGCUGGAAUAAAGAUCUCUUUCUUUACCUAUAUGCAGCAACCGUUAUCUGCAUGUAUUGGGCAUGAGGCAUGACACAUUUUGACCUGGUGGGCCAGAUAUUUCUCUUGCCCCACCACCAUCCUGUGGGCCAAUUCUGACAGGUGAGUGGGAUCAAUUAUCUGAGGUCAUAAUGAUGCCUGGCGAUUGACAAGCAGUGGUCCCACCUCUCUCUCAAAGUUGGCCUAUAGGGCUAGGGGGAGAUAGUGACAAAACAGGAUAGAGUUCUCUGCGCAUUCGCUGACGGCAGCCGUUGGGUGUCAGUCCUGCUUUCUGCAGGGUUUUGGUGUGUGAGAACCAAGCAGGAUUGAACCCUCUGUGUAUCAGCUUUCUGCAGGGAUCAGCUGUGUAUCUGCCUGCCCCACACCUGAUGUCAGGUGGUUAGGGAGCAAUGACCUUGCAGACCAAGUUUGUCCCAUGGGCCAGAGGUUCCCACAGAUUUAGAAUCACAGACUAGUAGAGUUGGAAGGAACCAUGAGGCUCAUCUAGGUCAACUCCCUGCAAAUGCAGGAAUCUUCCGCCCAACGCGGGGUUCAAAUCUGCGACCCUGAGUCUCAUGCUCUACCGACUGAGCUUCCCUACCCCUGUGCUACAAUACACAUGUCUAUGGAUUCUGGCAAUAUUGAUGCAGCGUUACAGUAGAGUAGAGGAAUAAUUAGUUCAAAUUUUUGACUGAAAAAUAUUUCUUCUAGAAGCAGAGCUUUGACUGAAAAUAAAAUAAAUGUUUGGGAUUUAUUUAUAACUCAGGAUCUUUGUCCAUAAAUCUGAAAUCUGGACUUGCUAGGACUCAGGCUAACAGCUUGGCUUCCUUAGCCUGUUACGGUUUCCCCUUCACUGUUCUGUUCAAUCAACUAAGGUGUACACUGAACAUAAUGAAGGCCUGCCCUAUUUGUCUCCCAAAUAUAUAAUUUGCAGCACACUUUUAAGCUGCUUACUCAGAAGCAAGUUCGACACAGCAGACUCUGUGGUGUGCUUAGAAUUAGAACCUUACUCAUAGAGGCUUUUGCCUGUGCAGCCAGCAGCCGAUCACAUAGCGAGUUCUCAUAGACAACUUUGAUCCUGCACUCCAAACAUGCGCUUCCUGGUCUGCCUCUAGCCUGUGUCUUGCUCCUGCCCUCUCUUUGCUCCAGUUCUGUGUCCAGCCCACCUGGCCUCCCUUCUCCAGCCUCAACCUGCUUCCUGACUCUGCUUCCAGCUCCGCUUCCUCCUCCUAUAAAUUGCCUGCCUGGAAUAUCACCAUUCAAUAAUAUUUGAACUGUGAGUAUAUAUACACUGCUGUCUGCUGCACCUAAUUCUGCUGGGACUUCCCUCCAUUUGAGUCCUGACACGUAAACCAUUAAAGUUGGGGUCAUAAUGCCAGCGACACGAUUGCCACAUUAGUUACACUGUGUGGGGUGCAGCACCGUGUAGGAAGUGAUUGGGGUUAUGAAGCUUCCCUUGCUGUUGUGUGAUUUCAGAUAUGUCAGUGUAGACCCUUCAUGUGGGAAGCUGCUUCCAUACGAAGUUUCUCCCAUUGCAUUGCUGUAACUUAAGUUCCUUAGCAUUUUAACAUUGUGCUUGAAUCUGAUUGAUUUCACUUGGAUUCAAGCCUAAAUAACUUUGCCCACAACGUGUUAGAGAAUUAAAAAUUGGCCACAACUUUAUUAAACCUUUCAGAUGCAGGAAGACCUAGGCUUAGGCAUCGGGUGUGUAUCCCUCCCAGCCCCACAGCUGGUGGAACUGGGGCUCCUCAGGGUGAAUGGGAUAAGGGAGGGAUCAUGACCUUUGCAUGGAAGCAAGUUCCGUGGAUUUCAGUAGAAUCUGCUUUCAUAUAAAGGACUCUUUGCAUAUCAUUUCUAAAUGGAGACACUUCAGCUUGUAAACAACCCAGCAUUCCCCUAGCACAGGGGUAGGCAACCUAAGGCCCGCGGGCUGGAUGUGGCCCAAUCGCCUUCUCAAUCCGGCCCACAGACGGUCUGGGAAUCAGCUUGUUUUUACAUGAGUAGAAUGUGUCCUUUUAUUUAAAAUGCAUCUUUGGGUUAUUUGUGGGGCAUAGGAAUUCGUUCAUUCCCACCCCCAAAAAAUAUAGUCCGGCCCACCACAUGGUCUGAGGGAUGUUGGACCGGCCCACGGCUGAAAUAGGUUGCUGACCCCUGCCCUAGCAGAAUAUUCUUUUGUGAGCUCUCUUUAAAGUAUUUCAAGAGCAGACCAUUUAUUUGCUUGUAAUCAUUGUCUAAUAAUGAAAACACGCAUACACAUAUGUACAUAGCUGCUUGUAUGCAUUGCUUAAAUAUGAUUUCUUUUAAUAUAGGUCUGGUUAUACUGAGUAUGAUACUCCACUAUAUUUAACUAAGUACCUUGAAAAGGAAGAUGAUACCUUAGUGUGGGAAUCGGUACUGCAUCAUCUAGAAGUUGAGAGUUGGGGGCUCAUUCAGAGGGAUUAUGAAUUAUACCCAGUUUUAAAGGUAUCUAAAUUCUGAAAUUUAGGGUGCUUACUUUACAAUGAGUACAGAUACUUGUUGGUGUGACAUUUCCCCAUUUGAAUGCAUGCAGAAAAGUGGCCGUUAAUGUAACGUCCAAAGAGUUAGCUAUAUGUCUUGCUGUCCACUUAGGAAUUAUGUGUUAUUUCCAUCCUCAUUCUAAGUAGAAAAAACAUUCACACAAGCAGCAGCAAUAUGUUCUGUUAUUUCGUCAGUGAAAUAAUUUUUUUGAGAUUACAGGGCCAAAUUUUAAUAUAAAUUAGAUAUAAUAAUCUCUGCUAUAAUCGUUGUUACAGUGGUGCCUCGCAAGACGAAAAGAAUCCGUUCUGGGAGUCUCUUCGUCUAGCGGUUUCUUCGUCUUGCGAAGCAAGCCCAUUGACGGAUUAGCGGAUUAGCGCUAUUAGCGCUAUUAGCGGCUAUUAGCGGCUUUUAGCGGCUUUUAGCAGCUUAUCAGCUUAUCGGAUAAGCAGAUAAGCGGCUUAGCGACUUAGAAAAAGAGGGGGAAAAGGGAAAAAAAAAACCCAGGAACUCGCAAGACAUUUUCGUCUUGCGAAGCAAGCCCAUAGCAGAUUCGUUUUGCGAGGCACCUCCAAAACGGAAAACUCUUUCAUCUAGCGAGUUUUCCGUCUUGCGAGGCAUUCGUCUUGCGGGGCACCACUGUAUUGCCAUUCAGUGUCUAAAACGCUAAAUAUUGUACAGAACACAUGGGGGAAAUAUCCUUGUCCAAACAGGCUUUCUAUCACAUGUAGACAAAGGAAAUAAUAAUAAAAUAAAUAUUGGAGGAGGAAAAGGAGAAUGCUAAAAUGAAAACCUAGGUUAAGGUACUGUGGUUAUCUACUUAAGGCUGCGUGCAGUCCCUAUGUACACUUACCUGGGACAAAAAGAAAAUUUAUUUAAGUGGGACUUCUGAGUAGAUAUGAAAAGAGUGUGCUGUUUGUAUUAGAAGAAACGUAAUAAAAGUAGAGUUCAUCUAUAUGUUACAUCUUUCUCUUUUCUCCAAAGAAAUAUUUCUUAAAAAGGAUUUCACCAAUAUGUCAUCAUUAUACAAAUCUCCUUCGUCAGAGCUUUGAAGUACUGGAAGGUGAAUUUUAUACUAUGUAAGUCCUUAAUUUUUUUAAUAAACCAGUAUCCUUAUCAUGGAACGUGCAACAUAAAGGUAAGCCAUCAGUUUAUGUCUAUCAGCUGCACCAUGCUGGGUCUCUAGCACACUGUACAUGAUAUAUGGAAGAGGAGAAAUAAGGUCUGUUUAAUUAUAAAUGACGCAUAAAUUGCAAUGGCUAACAAAAACCAAUGAGUAAAAUCUGUUGUUUUAUGUAAUACUCUUCACAAUCCUAAAUUUGAAAGUUCAGUGCUGAGAACUUUAGAAAAUGCAAGUAGCAACAUUGCUACUUCAUUACUGUCCUUUCCUUUAAAAAAUCCCUGCUAGUUACAGCUUCAAAUCCUUCUGUGAUUUCCCACCUCCACCCUAUCCUGUCCCCGGUCUUGUAAAUUUAGUGCUAGUUGUUCGAGUCACCCUCUCAUCCAAGCAUAUGAACAUAGACUGGGAAUCUAUUCAACCACGGGGUAGAAUCGCAAAUUUGGAAGAAAUUAAAAAGCCACCUGGCCGAACCCCAUGCACAGAAACAGAACUAUUCGCUCAUCAAUUACAUCCUACUUCUGAAAUCAGAUUGUGCAGUCCCGAUGAGAGCAGAUAAACUGGACAAUAGGAACAUAGAAAGCUGCCUUAUUGGUUUAUCUAGCUCUAUGUACUGUAUACAUGUAACUGGCAGCAACUCUCCAGGGUUUCAGACAGGUAACCUUUCCUAGCCUUACCUGGAGAUGCUGGCAAACUGGUACUUGAAUUCAAAGCAGAUGCUCUACCAAUGGGCCGCGGCCAUUCCCUAUAAAUAAACUCACAUAAAAACUCAGGUGCCCAAAGGUGCCUGCAGAGGAUGCAGUUCCAGGUGACUCCAGUGAUGGUGCAUUAGUUAACAUCAACUCUCCCCCCUUUUUUGGGGGGGGGGAGUGCAACACAUUUACUGUAUUUUUUGCUCUAUAGGACGCACCCGACCAUAGUACGCACCUUGUUUUAGAGGGGAAGAACAAGAAAAAAAAUUCCUCCUCCUCUCUGCUCAGCGUCCCUUCAGCGAAGCUGCAGGAGAAACGGAGCCCCUUCCAUUUCUCCUCCCGCUUCGCUGAAGGGGCGCUGCGCAGCUCUCCCUCUUUGCUCCCUCAGUCUUGCUCUCCUGGCUUCAGCGAAAGGAACCUGAGGCCUCCGGAGCGCAGCGGGAACUCAGGCUAUCCCUGAAGCCUUCGGAGCGCAGCGCGAGUUCCUGCUGCGCUCCAGAGGCUUCAGGUUCCUUUCGCUGAAGCCAGGAGAGUCUUGCUCUCCCGGCUUCAGCAAAAGGAACCCGAAGCCUCCGGAGCACGGAGGAAGCGCUCCCUCUGCGCUUUGGAGGCUUCGCGUUGCUAUCACUGAAGCCAAGGAGCCUGCAUUCGCUCCAUAGGACGCACACACAUUUCCCCUUAAUUUUUGGAGGGGAAAAAGUGCAUCCUAUAGAGCGAAAAAUAUGGUAAUCUUUUUUCUGUCUGUCUCCUUUUAUUUAUUCAUUUACAUUUUGUUCUUUCUUCCAAAAAGGGGCAUAGGAACCAUUAUAAAAACUGCAUGUUGGUUGGGGGUCCGUGACUGUUUAGACCUAGCUUCCGAAAUCUUCACCAAGUGGAUGAACAACCCUGAUUUUGAGUGAGUAUGGUGCAUAAUAUCUGUCUGCAAAUUUACGACUGAGAAAAUACUAGCUGGUUACGGAUGAUUUCUGCAGGAGUUCAGUAAAAAGGAUUUUCUUCCCCUUCUGACAGGUCAGAUACAUAUUUGGUAAUAAAGAAUCAUAGAAUUGGAAGGGACCCCUAACACCCCUGCAAUGCAGGAAUAUGCACCUGUCCCGUACGGGGAUUAAACCUGCAACCCUGGCAUUAUCAUCAGCACCAUGCUCUAACCAACUGAUCUAUCCAGGCUGUCGUGUAUUGGAGCAAGUGAAAUUGUCACAAAACGCUUCAUCAAAAAAACGGUUAUUCAGUACACAGAAUGCCUGAGUAGGUUUUCCUUUGCGUUAGGUGUUGAUUCAUUUGGAAGGGGCCACAAUUAGAGUGUGAACGAGGGGUGGAAGUUAGCUUCAGACUUGGCAAUACAGUAGCACAUCAGUUCAUACUAGCAAAGUAAUAGUUAUAGUUAAAGAAGUUCAGUUGUUCUUUGAACAGCAUAUUGCUGCACAAAUAAGUGAAAUUGUAAUAGUCCAAGUAAUGUUCAUCGUUUUCUCCAUUGACUGCUUUCCAUCAUAAUUAACAAACAGUACAAAUACUAAAGGCUUUUCAAUAAAAACAAAAGCUUUUCAAUAAAAAGGAGAGAUCGUAAACACAUUUCUGAAAUAUUCACAGAAGUUUCUUAGUUGAAGAUUUGAAAGAUUUUCAGAAUUCUCAAGUUAAAUAUUUGAAAACACAAAAUUUCAAACUUGGCUUAAUUAUUCUCAUGAUGUUGUCCCCUUUGUACGUAGGUCAUGUUUUUAUAGGAAUACUCCAUUUUAUCAGAAAAGAGUAUAGUAUUCCCAAAUGUGAAUCUUCCAACUAGCAAAUUCUCAUUUUUUGAAAUGGAGAACUUUAAAUUCCUUUUGUCUCAACCGCAGUGUAUGAUGUGAAAUUCCAUCAGCCAUAGUGACAGAUUUCAUUAUGUCAAUAGGUUAUUUUAAAUUGUGAAACAAAGGACUGCAUGGUGCCCGUUCUAAGUGAUAUUCCUUCUCUUGCAGGGUUCCCGUUUCUAUUAGCAGUGCCAUUCAUUGCUUUGGUAUUCAGCUGGGUAGUGACAAAGAAUGGGACUUUGAAUGGCAAAUGUACAAGCGGAAUGAUAGUCAAGGAAAUUAUCACCUACUCUUCGCCAUGAGCUGUACCCGUGAGCCAUGGUUACUUCAAAGGUGACCGUAAUUAACUUACUGUUUCAGUGCAUUUAAAAAAUGUUUGCCAAAUUUGUUGUUGGCAUCCGUCUGUCUCAAAAGACAAUGGAGUGCGCCUGGGGGUGUGGGGGGUGUGCAGUCAAACCGCUGUUUUAACAGCACUGAAGUGACCUCUCCAGGGCUUAAGCCGUAUGGAGGUCCUGGUCUGCCCAGGUGACAAGACCCCAUUCUCAGCCUCACUGAUGUGGUCCAAAGGAAAGCAGAGCAAUACAUUUGGCACCAGCUUGGCUCCAGGAGUUGCUGGAAGGAAGCAUACAAAGUGCCGUUCAAAUGUCUUAGGGACUCCACUACAGAUUUGUUUGAAAAUCAGUAACAUUAUACAUCUUAUUCAUUCAAGUUUUUCUCUGGACAGGGGGAAUUCACUACUGAAUUUUGUGAUCCCUUAUAAUACUACUGAGCGACGCGGGUGGCGCUGUGGGUUAAACCACAGAGCCUAGGACUUGCUGAUCAGAAGGUCGGCGGUUCGAAUCCACGUGACGGGGUGAGCUCCCGUUGCUUGGUCCCUGCUCCUGCCAACCUAGCAGUUUAGAAAGCACGUCAUGUGCAAGUAGAUAAAAUAGGGACUGCUCCGGCAGGAAGGUAAACGGCGUUUCCGUGUGCUGCUCUGGUUCGCCAGAAGCGGCUUAGUCAUGCUGGCCACAUGACCCGGAAGCUGUCUAUGGACAAACGCCGGCUCCCUCGGCCUAUAGAGCAAGAUGAGCGCGCAACCCCAGAGUCGGUCACGACUGGACUUAAUGGUCAGGGGUCCCUUUACCUAUACUACUACUACUACUACUACUACUACUACUAUGUUUUUUGCUGGGUUAUCUGAUCAGUUAUCGUGAAUUUAUGCUUAGUAACUGAAUGGUGCACUGAGGACAAACAACAGAAAUGGUGUGAAAAGCAUUACUCUUUUUUGUUUUGUUUUACACAAUCCAUUUCAUGAGCUCUCCACAGCUGUUGCUCCCCUCUCUUGAUGUGGGUGUAACGCCUAGCAACACAACUAACACAAACCCUAGCUGUCCAAGUCUAGCACACAAUCUUGCAGAGUUUGUUAGGAAGGCAGUCUUCUUCUCAGGAUAAAGUUAGCUAAUGUGCACUCGGAAAUCUUCCCUUCCUCCGCAACACUUCAGAACUUGCUCCUUGAUUAUCAGUUUGGCGGGAUAUCACACAUGCACACAAAGGAUUUUUUUCUUGAACGGGACAUUCUUGGAUGGAAGUUGAAUUACUCUCAGCACUUUGGGGGGGAGGGGAGAAGAGAACAGAACUGGUGGUUUGUCUGUUAACUAGGGGCCUGAGUGGUCUAGUUAAGAAAGUCCAUCUUUAAUUAACAAAGUGGUCUCUGGUGCCUGCAACUUUAGGAGAAAUUGUCCACAGCUGCACCUCUGCGGUCAUAAGACAAAAAUUUAGAGCAAGUUUCCAUUUUACUUAAAAAAAGACAACAUUUUAAGGAUUCUCUAGAUAGGUCAGGCUUCAGCAGGGGCUUCCUCUAAGACAAAUAAUACGUAUUCCAGUGGCUUUGUGCUGGUCCCGUGGGUUACUCGAGAGGCGAGGUCCAAGUCCGGUCCGUGGUCAAAGAUACAACGGGAAGGCAGUCCAUAGUAGCUGAAGCUGGGUGCAGGGCAGGGAAUCGGGUGAAGUCAGGAACAGGCACGCAAGCAGGGAGCCAGGGCAGGUCAGGAGCUCAGGCAGGAAAGCAGGACAGGGUUCAGGCAGGAACUGGCAACCAACAAUGUUGCUCCCGCAACUUGGGACUGGGGCUGGCCAGCUUUUAUCUGUCCCGAGGCAUAGGGCAGCCCUGGUCCUCUGGUGACUCGCCUCUCCUGGCCUGGAGGCGAGCACUCCUCCUGCGGGAACUUAGUUCCCUCCGCCUCUCUGCCCUGAGCCUCUGCAGCUCAGGAGAGGCUGGAAGGUUUCCGGACCCAGAGGCAACCUCAGCUUCCUCUGACAGGGCUGAGAGUGGAGCACCUGCAGGCAGUGGGUCCUCCAUCACCUCAGGAGCCAGAGCAGACUCAGCUGAUGCCUGCACCUGAGGACCCAGCACAGGUGAGGACCCUUCAGGCUCAUGCCCCAGCCCCGGCUGCAACUGGUUCUGGAGGCGGGGAAUCCUGUGCAGGCUGGGAUCCCUCAGGUUCAGCAUCCAAGUCCGAAUCCCAGGCCAUCACAGGCUUACAGAAAGCUACCAGGUUGGUCAGAUUUUGCAUUCACAUGCAGGUUCUUCAUGUUCCUUGUCCAUUAUGCUUUAUCUCAGAAGUGGGGAAUCUUUGGCCCCUCAAAUGUUACUUGAACUUCAACUUUCACCACCCCUAACAAACGUGGCCAAUGAUCAAGUUUGGUGGGAGUUGCAGUUCUGCUGCGCACAUUCAAAGCAAUGUACAGUGGUACCUCUGGUUACAUACUUAAUUCAUUCCGGAGGUCUAUUCUUAACCUGAAACUGUUCUUAACCUGAAGCACCACUUUAGCUAAUGGGGCCUCCUGCUGCCGCCGCACCGCUGCUGCGUGAUUUCUGUUCUCAUCCUGAAGCAAAGUUCUUAACCUGAGGUACUAUUUCUGGGUUAGCGGAGUCUGUAACCUGAAGCGUAUGUAACCCAAGGUAUCACUGUAGUAGCAAAGUCUCCCUGGGAGCAUUAGAACUUGAUGAUGACAUUAUUUGGAAUGUACAUACAGUGGUGGCAGGAGCCCUGUGUGCUAGCUAGCCACUUGUAGGCAGCUCUGAUUAAUUCUUAAAAGGCAACCAGGAGGACAAAGGGGCAGCUCUCUGACCAUCUCAAAGAAAAAUCCAUAAGAGAGUUGGAGCAAGGCAAUGGAGUAAGACACUGGACGCCACAUCUCAGUAGAUCAGAUCUGAUGUGUCCACUUUGCAAUCCCAGUUCACUGGAUUCCUCGCCCAGCCCUAUUUGUCUCCCCUCCAAAAUGUAAAAUGUAUGAAGAUGGAAGUCUGGUGCUCAUGUUAGAAGUGUUUUGGAAAUUGUUUUCUUUAUUAUAAUUUUUAUGUUUAUUUUGAAUAAACUUCUCUUUAGAUUCUUGCAGUAUAUCCUGAACGAUUCUGUAAUUUCACCAGAUCUUGUAUCAGAAGUAAUUAGACACGUGGCAGAAAGUGAGGCUGGCCACUGGAUAGCAUGGAAAUUCAUAACAGAAAACUGGUCACGUUUAUAUAAAAGGUAUGGCAAGCAACUGUUUUAUGUAAUUUCCCUUUAACUUGAUUUUCUAAUGUUAAUCUGCUGGGUCCGGUAGAGUUGAAGUGUUAAUUACUUUGCAAAUGUUUUGUUUUACUUGGCUAUCAACAGAAUAAGGGAUAAAAUUCCUCCCCCCUUAAAAACCCAGACACAAUGGUGGUGUGCUUGAGAAUCUAUUAAGCACAUUAAUAUACUAGAAAAGAGAAUAAACACCACAGCACUAAAAAAUGAACAGAUAUUUAAAGUUAUAUACUUGAAUAUAUAAAUGAAAAGUAUCCAAAACUCAUUGGCUUGGAACCAACAUAUCUCAAAUCCAUUUGCAGAAGAAGUGGAAGUUCCUAAUCAUGGAAAACAGUGGGGGAGGCCACCCCCCUUUCCACUUUGUCAUGGGAUAUUCCAAAGUAUCUCCCAUACUGUUUCAGAGUUUUCUAACUCUGCAGAUUAGGUUUUUGUUGGGCACUUGGGGAUGCAGGGAAGGUUGGGGGGGGGGAUAUUUACCUGCCUCCUUUCUGCUCACACAAGCAUUUCAUGAAUGAAAUUCAGCUCAUGGGAAUCUCUGGAGCCAAUCCAUUAUCUAGAGCAGGGGGUGACAAACCAUUUUCCCCACUGAGGGCUGCAUUCUCUUCGGGGGGAAGUGGGCAGGAUACAUGCAUCCCUGAUACCAAUAUAAUCCAGAGACGAAAUACUCAAGAAUCACACAGAAAAUAGGAUACGGAAAACAUAAUAAGGGUGUUAAACAUGGGCAGAACCUCAGUUAAAUAUUUUUAUUUACUUGAUUUAGGGGGGGCCCCCUUGGCUACAUCCGUGGUGUUAAAUCAUAGAACAUUCAUUCCCUUAACAAGGUGAAUUGUUUACUCUGGUUAAUACAUAUGAACGUUCUGUCAAACUUUUGCAAAAUAUGCUUGAGUGAAAACAGACGAGUGGCGCACGCACAACAUUUUUAUCAAAACGUUUUCUCUUUAUAAACAUGCUUUCUUUUAUAGGUGCUCCUUUGAACCAUUAUAUGCUUUCAUGAAUUCUGUCAGUACAGACUUCGAGGUUCAAGUGGUAAGUAGAACAGACACAGCAUAGAACGGUAGCUCUGAAAAUGAAGGAUUUAAGCCCUUAAAAAAACAAAAAACUUAAAACCAUGUGGAAUAGAAAGAAUAAUGCAGCUGAGUUUCUUAGGUCGUUCCGUUGCUUAGAAGCCUUUGCCCAUCUCUGAUCCAUAUCAGCAGGGGCUGGAAUCUUCUCUUCAAUUGCCCCAAAGCCAGAAUGGAUAAGAGUCCUGUGAAUUCCUUUUCUCUGUUCUUCAGUGCCCCCCCCCCCAAUGUUGUCCUUCUGUGCAGAGGAGGGUAGUUAAAUGAGGGUUGGAGGUGGCAGAAAUGUAUGUAGGAUUUUUAAAAAUAAUAAUAAUUAAAGAGAGAGAGUGGAAGUGAAAACGCAAUACUUUGAAUAACAUCUGCCAAUUUACCACAAACAUUAAUUUUAGGUCCAGGUUUUUCUUAACAAUACCCUUGAACCAGAACAAAGAACAACCCCUACAGAGAUGCUGCAGAAAGCAAAAUCUAGAAAUGAAGAAAGAAAAGAAUCGGUUACUAAAAUGGUGAAGUGGCUACAAAGAAAUAUGGACAUUUGACAUUUGAUAAUUCUUCCAGAUAUCUGUGUUUUUUGGUAACUGCUUUAGUAGGAAUUUUUUUUUUUAAGGAGCACAUAUUUUGUGCGUAGAGCUCCUACUUCAUGUUUUAAAUGGUGGUAGUCUUGCGAUAGUGUCUGUGUAAAUCAGGCUACUGUGGAGUCAAAUUUCUACUCAGAACAUUGCCAUACAAGACAGAAUGAACUAAAAAAAUAACCCCGUGCCUAAACAAAGGUAAAAGGAAACUCAAGGAAUAUCUUGACGCUUAUGUCAAAUGGAUGGAAUGUAGCAAGCCUUACCAACUGAAAUGAAGAAUAGCAACUAGAAGAAGCCAUUGUUGUCAGUUUGCUAUGUGAUGUGGGACUCUUUGGGCUACACAUCUGUAAAAUUUCAACUUUCUUGCCUUUUAAAACGCACUAAGGGGGGCACCUCAGCUCACUGAACUUGCCAACCCCCCAGAUAUUCCUUCCACAUCAACCUCCUAGAGCUUCCCCUUCCUACCCCAAGUAACUACUAAACUCCCUUUUCACUUUCCCUGCCCAGUUUCUGAAGCCACUUCUUCUAUUCUGCAGCCCCACUAUCUCUCCCCCCCACAUUGACACUGCUAAGCACCCUUUCCACAUUCUGUCCAGUUAUGAAGCCACCAUCCCCCUUGUUCUUCAGAAGCUUUCAUCUUCAACCCCAUUUCCAUACCUCCUCCUUCUACCUUGCACCCCCAUUUUCAUGUUCACUUCUUUAUUUCCUACAGCCCCUACUUUCCUCAACUCUCCAUUGCACACAGAUCACCCUUUUCUAGGCCUUUUUCUCUCCUAUUGUCACUCCCGUUCUGCGCACACACACCGUUAACCCCUUCACUCUCUGCUUCCUACCAACUCUUUCCUUCAACUUUCCAUUGCACUCAGACUACCACCCCAUUUCCACGCCUCCUCUCUCCUCCUAUUCUGCAUCCCCUUUUUAUGCACACUCCCCAUGCUGGUAUUUGUUACUGUGCCACUAAGCCUAUCAGCUUUUCAGUUGAUGGAUGUUGUACAACAUGGAUGUUUGCUUGUUAAUAAAAUAUAUCUUCUAAAUUAC